CUCAGCGCCGGCCCCUCCGGCCUCGGCAUCAUGGGUGACGGAGGAGAGGGCGAGGAUGAGGUUCAGUUUCUGCGGACGGAUGAUGAAGUAGUCCUACAGUGCAGUGCCACGGUGCUCAAGGAGCAGCUCAAGCUCUGCCUGGCAGCCGAAGGCUUUGGCAACCGCCUCUGCUUCCUGGAGCCCACCAGCAAUGCCCAGAAUGUGCCCCCCGAUCUGGCCAUCUGUUGCUUUGUCCUGGAGCAGUCACUAUCCGUCCGAGCCCUGCAGGAGAUGCUGGCCAACACUGUGGAAGCUGGAGUGGAGUCAUCCCAGGGUGGGGGACACAGGACACUCCUGUAUGGCCAUGCCAUCCUGCUCCGGCAUGCACACAGCAGCAUGUACCUGAGCUGUCUCACUACCUCCCGCUCCAUGACGGACAAGCUGGCCUUUGACGUGGGACUGCAGGAAGAUGCAACAGGAGAGGCCUGUUGGUGGACAAUGCACCCUGCCUCCAAGCAGAGAUCUGAAGGAGAGAAGGUCCGAGUUGGGGAUGACCUCAUCCUCGUUAGUGUCUCCUCUGAGCGCUAUCUGCACCUGUCAACGGCCAGUGGGGAGCUCCAAGUUGAUGCCUCCUUCAUGCAGACAUUGUGGAACAUGAACCCCAUCUCCUCUGGCUGUGAAGAGGGCUUUGUGACGGGAGGCCAUGUCCUCCGCCUCUUUCACGGACACAUGGAUGAGUGCCUGACCAUUUCCCCUGCUGACAGUGAUGACCAGCGCAGACUUGUCCAUUAUGAGGGUGGAGCUGUGUGCACCCACGCCCGCUCCCUCUGGAGACUGGAGCCUCUGAGAAUCAGCUGGAGUGGGAGCCACCUUCGCUGGGGUCAGCCGCUUCGCAUCCGCCAUGUCACCACGGGGCGGUACCUGGCACUCACCGAGGACCAGGGUCUGGUGGUGGUUGAUGCCAGCAAGGCGCACACCAAGGCCACCUCCUUCUGCUUCCGCAUCUCCAAGGAGAAGCUGGAUGUGGCCCCCAAGCGGGACGUGGAAGGCAUGGGCCCCCCUGAGAUCAAGUAUGGAGAGUCACUGUGCUUUGUGCAGCAUGUGGCCUCAGGCCUGUGGCUCACCUAUGCAGCCCCGGACCCCAAAGCUCUGCGGCUCGGGGUGCUGAAGAAAAAGGCCAUGCUGCACCAGGAAGGCCACAUGGAUGACGCGCUGUCACUGACCCGCUGCCAGCAGGAGGAGUCCCAGGCUGCCCGCAUGAUCUACAGCACGGCUGGCCUCUAUAACCAGUUCAUCAAGACACAGGGGAUGCUCUCCCUGGUCCUGAAUUGCAUUGACCGCCUAAAUGUCUACACCACUGCUGCUCACUUUGCUGAAUUUGCCGGGGAGGAGGCAGCCGAGUCUUGGAAAGAGAUUGUGAACCUGCUCUAUGAACUCCUGGCCUCUCUGAUCCGUGGCAAUCGUACCAACUGUGCCCUCUUCUCCACCAACUUGGAUUGGUUGGUCAGCAAGCUGGAUCGGCUGGAAGCCUCAUCUGGAAUCCUAGAGGUGCUGUACUGUGUCCUGAUUGAGAGUCCCGAGGUCCUGAACAUCAUCCAAGAGAACCACAUCAAGUCCAUCAUCUCCCUCCUGGACAAGCAUGGGAGGAAUCACAAGGUGCUGGAUGUGUUGUGUUCCCUGUGUGUGUGUAAUGGCGUGGCCGUGCGCUCCAAUCAAGAUCUCAUAACCGAGAACUUGCUCCCUGGCCGUGAGCUUCUGCUGCAGACAAACCUCAUCAACUAUGUCACCAGCAUCCGCCCCAACAUCUUUGUGGGCCGAGCAGAGGGCUCCACACAGUAUGGGAAAUGGUACUUUGAGGUGAUGGUGGAUGAAGUGACUCCAUUCCUGACAGCUCAGGCCACCCACCUGCGGGUGGGCUGGGCCCUCACUGAGGGCUACAGCCCCUACCCUGGGGGCGGCGAGGGCUGGGGCGGUAACGGCGUUGGCGACGACCUCUAUUCCUAUGGCUUUGAUGGGCUGCAUCUCUGGACAGGACACGUGGCACGCCCAGUGACUUCCCCAGGACAGCACCUCCUGGCCGCGGAGGACGUGGUCAGCUGCUGCCUGGACCUCAGCGUUCCAUCCAUCUCCUUCCGCAUCAAUGGCUGCCCCGUGCAGGGCGUCUUCGAGGCCUUCAACCUCGAUGGGCUCUUCUUCCCUGUCGUCAGCUUCUCAGCUGGUGUAAAGGUGCGGUUCCUCCUUGGUGGCCGACAUGGCGAAUUCAAGUUCCUCCCGCCACCUGGCUACGCCCCAUGCCAUGAGGCUGUGCUCCCAAGAGAGCGACUCCACCUGGAACCCAUCAAGGAGUAUCGGCGGGAGGGACCCCGAGGACCCCACUUGGUGGGCCCAAGCCGCUGCCUCUCACACACCGACUUUGUGCCCUGCCCCGUGGACACUGUCCAGAUUGUCCUGCCACCCCAUCUGGAGCGUAUCCGGGAGAAGCUGGCAGAGAACAUCCAUGAACUUUGGGCGCUGACUCGCAUUGAGCAGGGCUGGACCUAUGGCCCGGUUCGGGAUGACAACAAGAGGCUGCACCCGUGUCUUGUGAACUUCCACAGCCUUCCAGAGCCAGAGAGGAACUACAACCUGCAGAUGUCGGGGGAGACACUUAAGACUCUGCUGGCACUGGGCUGCCAUGUGGGCAUGGCAGACGAGAAGGCAGAGGACAACUUGAAGAAGACAAAACUCCCCAAGACGUAUAUGAUGAGCAACGGGUACAAGCCAGCGCCACUAGACCUGAGCCAUGUGCGGCUGACUCCUGCACAGACCACAUUGGUGGACCGGCUGGCGGAGAACGGGCAUAAUGUGUGGGCCCGAGACCGUGUGGCCCAGGGCUGGAGCUACAGUGCUGUGCAGGACAUCCCUGCACGCCGAAACCCUCGCCUGGUUCCCUACCGCCUGUUGGAUGAGGCCACCAAGCGCAGCAACCGGGACAGCCUCUGUCAGGCUGUGCGUACCCUGCUGGGCUAUGGCUACAACAUUGAGCCACCUGACCAGGAGCCCAGUCUGGUGGAGAGCCAGUCCCGUUGGGAUCGGGUGCGCAUCUUCCGGGCAGAGAAAUCCUAUGUGGUGCAGAGUGGCCGCUGGUACUUCGAGUUUGAGGCAGUUACCACGGGCGAGAUGCGAGUGGGCUGGGCCAGGCCUGAGCUGCGGCCUGACACAGAGUUGGGAGCUGAUGAGCUGGCCUAUGUCUUCAACGGGCACCGCGGCCAGCGCUGGCACUUGGGCAGUGAGCCAUUUGGGCGCCCCUGGCAGUCGGGCGAUGUUGUGGGCUGCAUGAUCGACCUCACAGAGAACACCAUUAUCUUCACCCUUAAUGGCGAGAUCCUCAUGUCGGAUUCAGGUUCUGAGACGGCCUUCCGGGACAUUGAGAUUGGCGAUGGCUUCCUGCCCGUCUGCAGCUUAGGACCCGGCCAGGUGGGCCACCUGAACCUGGGCCAGGAUGUGAGUUCCCUGCGGUUCUUCGCCAUCUGCGGUCUCCAGGAGGGCUUUGAGCCAUUUGCCAUCAACAUGCAGCGCCCGGUCACCACCUGGUUUAGCAAAAGCCUUCCCCAAUUUGAGGCCGUGCCCCUUGAGCAUCCCCACUAUGAGGUGGCCCGUGUAGAUGGCACUGUGGAUACGCCCCCCUGCCUGCGCCUCACUCACCGCACAUGGGGCUCCCAGAACAGUCUGGUGGAGAUGCUCUUUCUUCGGCUGAGCCUUCCUGUCCAGUUCCACCAGCACUUCCGCUGCACUGCGGGGGCCACCCCUCUGGCAUCCCCUGGCCUGCAGCCCCCUGCCGAGGAUGAGGCCUGGGCAGCGGAGCCUGACACCGACUAUGAAAACCUGCGCCGCUCAGCGGGGCGCUGGGGCGAGGCUGAGGGGGGCAAAGAGGGAACUGCCAAGGAGGGGGCACCCGGGGGCACCCUCCAGGCUGCAGCGGAGGCCCAGCCUGUCCGGGCCGAAAAUGAGAAGGAUGCUACCACAGAGAAAAACAAGAAGAGAGGGUUCUUAUUCAAGGCCAAGAAGGCCGCCAUGAUGACCCAACCACCAGCCACUCCCGCUCUGCCCCGGCUCCCUCGAGAGGUGGUGCCCGCCGAUAACCGUGAUGACCCUGAGAUCAUCCUCAACACCACCACGUACUAUUACUCCGUGAGGGUCUUCGCUGGCCAGGAACCCAGCUGCGUAUGGGUGGGCUGGGUCACCCCUGACUACCAUCAGCACGACAUGAACUUUGACCUCAGCAAGGUCCGGGCAGUGACAGUCACCAUGGGGGAUGAACAAGGCAACGUCCACAGCAGCCUCAAGUGCAGCAACUGCUACAUGGUGUGGGGCGGGGACUUCGUGAGUCCCGGGCAGCAGGGCCGGAUCAGCCACACAGACCUUGUCAUUGGCUGCCUGGUGGACUUGGCCACAGGCCUAAUGACCUUUACAGCCAAUGGCAAAGAGAGCAACACCUUUUUCCAGGUGGAACCCAACACGAAGCUCUUUCCUGCUGUCUUUGUCCUGCCCACCCAUCAGAAUGUCAUCCAGUUUGAGCUGGGGAAGCAGAAGAACAUCAUGCCGCUGUCAGCUGCCAUGUUCCUGAGUGAGCGCAAGAACCCGGCCCCGCAGUGCCCACCACGGCUUGAGGUGCAGAUGCUGAUGCCCAUCUCGUGGAGCCGCAUGCCCAACCACUUCCUGCAGGUGGACACGCGACGGGCUGGCGAGCGGCUGGGCUGGGCCGUGGAGUGCCAGGAGCCACUAAUCAUGAUGGCACUGCACAUCCCCGAGGAGAACCGGUGCAUGGACAUCUUGGAGCUGUCCGAGCGCCUGAACCUGCAGCGCUUCCACUCCCACACCCUCCGCCUCUACCGUGCAGUGUGCGCCCUGGGCAACAACCGUGUGGCACAUGCUCUGUGCAGCCACGUGGACCAGGCGCAACUGCUGCACGCCCUGGAGGAUGCACACCUGCCCGGGCCCCUGCGUGCUGGCUACUACGACCUCCUCAUAAGCAUCCACCUGGAAAGUGCCUGCCGCAGCCGCCGCUCUAUGCUCUCUGAGUACAUCGUGCCCCUCACGGCUGAGACCCGCGCCAUCACCCUCUUCCCACCUGGAAAAAGCGAGGAUAAUGGUCCCCGCCGGCACGGCCUGCCUGGCGUUGGCGUCACCACCUCCCUUCGGCCUCCACACCAUUUCUCACCUCCCUGUUUCGUGGCUGCCCUGCCAACUGCUGGGAUAGCAGAAGCCCCAGCCCGCCUCAGCCCCAGCAUCCCUCUGGAGGCCCUGCGGGACAAAGCACUGAGAAUGCUGGGGGAAGCAGUCCGAGAUGGUGGGCAGCAUGCACGUGACCCUGUUGGGGGCUCUGUGGAGUUCCAGUUUGUCCCUGUGCUCAAGCUUGUGUCCACCCUGCUGGUGAUGGGCGUCUUUGGCGAUGAGGAUGUGAAACAGAUUCUGAAGAUGAUUGAGCCUGAAGUAUUCACUGAGGAGGAGGAAGAGGAGGAGGAGGAAGAUGAGGAGGAGAAGGAGGAGGAUGAGGAGGAGGAGGCCCAAGAGGAGGAGGAGGAGGAGGAGGAGGAGGAGGAGGCAGCAGAAGGCGAGAAAGAAGGCUUGGAGGAGGGGCUUCUCCAGAUGAAGCUGCCUGAGUCUGUGAAGUUGCAGAUGUGCCACCUGCUGGAGUAUUUCUGUGACCAAGAGCUGCAGCACCGGGUGGAGUCCCUGGCGGCCUUUGCAGAGCGCUAUGUGGACAAGCUCCAGUCCAACCAGCGGGACCGUUACGGCCUCCUCAUGAAAGCCUUCACCAUGUCUGCAGCUGAGACUGCCCGGCGUACCCGCGAGUUCCGCUCCCCACCCCAGGAGCAGAUCAACAUGCUAGUGCACUUCAAAGAUGGUCAGGAAGAGGAAGAUUGUCCUCUCCCUGAAGAGAUUCGACAGGAUUUGCUCAAAUUUCAUGAAGACCUACUGGCACAUUGUGGAAUUCAGCUGGAGGGGAAGGAGGAGGAACCAGAGGAAGAGGUCACCCUGAGCAGCCGCCUGAGGAGCCUGUUGGAGAAAGUGCGGCUGGUGAAGAAGGAGGAGGAGAAACCUGAGGAGGAGCUGCCCGCUGAGGAGAGCAAACCCAAGUCACUGCAGGAGCUGGUGUCUCACACAGUGGUGCGCUGGGCCCAGGAGGACUUCGUGCAGAGCCCUGAGCUGGUCCGGGCCAUGUUCAGCCUCUUGCACCGGCAGUACGACGGGCUUGGGGAGCUGCUGCGCGCCCUGCCCCGGGCGUACACCAUCUCGCCGUCCUCUGUGGUGGACACCAUGAACCUGCUUGAGUGCCUCGGCCAGAUCCGCUCGCUGCUCAUUGUGCAGAUGGGUCCCCAGGAGGAGAACCUCAUGAUCCAGAGCAUUGGGAACAUCAUGAACAACAAAGUUUUCUACCAACACCCGAACCUGAUGAGGGCACUGGGCAUGCACGAGACGGUCAUGGAGGUCAUGGUAAAUGUCCUCGGCGGCGGUGAAUCCAAGGAGAUCCGCUUCCCCAAGAUGGUGACAAGCUGCUGCCGCUUCCUCUGUUACUUCUGCCGCAUUAGCCGGCAGAACCAGCGCUCCAUGUUUGACCACCUGAGCUACCUGCUUGAGAACAGCGGCAUUGGCCUGGGCAUGCAGGGCUCCACACCCCUGGAUGUGGCAGCUGCCUCUGUCAUUGACAACAAUGAGCUGGCCUUGGCGUUGCAGGAGCAGGACCUGGAGAAGGUGGUGUCCUACCUGGCUGGCUGUGGCCUCCAAAGUUGUCCCAUGCUCCUGGCCAAAGGAUACCCAGACAUCGGCUGGAACCCCUGCGGUGGCGAGCGCUACCUGGACUUCCUGCGCUUCGCUGUCUUCGUCAAUGGUGAGAGCGUGGAGGAGAACGCCAACGUGGUGGUGCGGCUGCUCAUCCGCAAGCCCGAGUGCUUUGGGCCAGCCCUGAGGGGUGAGGGCGGCUCGGGACUGCUGGCCGCCAUCGAAGAGGCCAUCCGCAUCUCCGAGGACCCUGCGAGGGACGGCCCGGGUGUCCGUAGGGACCGGCGGCGUGAGCACUUUGGGGAGGAGCCCCCCGAGGAAAACCGGGUGCACCUGGGACACGCCAUCAUGUCCUUCUACGCUGCCUUGAUUGAUCUGCUUGGACGCUGUGCACCUGAGAUGCAUCUAAUCCAAGCUGGCAAGGGUGAGGCCCUGCGGAUCCGUGCCAUCCUGCGCUCCCUCGUGCCCCUGGACGACCUCGUGGGCAUCAUCAGCCUCCCACUGCAGAUCCCCACCCUGGGCAAAGAUGGGGCUCUGGUACAGCCAAAGAUGUCAGCAUCCUUUGUGCCUGACCACAAGGCAUCCAUGGUGCUCUUCUUGGACCGUGUGUAUGGCAUCGAGAACCAGGACUUCCUGCUGCACGUGCUGGACGUGGGAUUCUUGCCCGACAUGAGGGCAGCUGCCUCGUUGGACACGGCCACUUUCAGCACCACGGAGAUGGCGCUGGCGCUGAACCGGUACCUGUGCCUGGCGGUGCUGCCGCUCAUCACCAAGUGCGCGCCGCUCUUCGCGGGAACCGAGCACCGCGCCAUCAUGGUGGACUCGAUGCUUCACACGGUGUACCGCCUGUCCCGCGGCCGCUCGCUCACCAAGGCGCAGCGCGACGUCAUCGAGGACUGCCUCAUGGCGCUCUGCAGGUACAUCCGCCCGUCCAUGCUGCAGCACCUGCUGCGGCGCCUGGUGUUCGACGUGCCCAUUCUCAACGAGUUCGCCAAGAUGCCCCUCAAGCUCCUCACCAACCACUAUGAGCGCUGUUGGAAGUACUACUGCCUGCCCACCGGCUGGGCCAACUUCGGCAUCACCUCAGAGGAAGAGCUGCACCUCACAAGGAAACUCUUCUGGGGCAUCUUUGAUUCGCUGGCACACAAGAAAUAUGACCCAGAGCUGUACCGCAUAGCUAUGCCUUGUCUGUGCGCCAUCGCAGGGGCCCUGCCCCCUGACUACGUGGAUGCCUCUUACUCGUCCAAGGCUGAGAAAAAGGCCACAGUGGAUGCUGAAGGCAACUUUGAUCCUCGGCCUGUGGAGACCCUCAAUGUGAUCAUCCCAGAGAAGCUGGACUCCUUCAUUAACAAGUUCGCGGAGUACACACAUGAGAAGUGGGCCUUCGACAAGAUCCAGAACAACUGGUCCUAUGGGGAGAACGCAGAUGAGGAACUGAAGACCCACCCCAUGCUGAGGCCCUAUAAGACCUUUUCGGAGAAGGACAAAGAGAUCUACCGCUGGCCCAUCAAAGAGUCCUUAAAGGCCAUGAUUGCCUGGGAAUGGACCAUAGAGAAGGCCAGGGAGGGUGAGGAGGAGAAGACGGAGAAGAAAAAAACGCGGAAGAUCUCCCAAAGUGCUCAGACCUAUGAUCCAAGAGAAGGCUACAACCCCCAACCGCCCGACCUCAGCGGAGUUACCCUGUCCCGGGAGCUGCAGGCCAUGGCCGAACAGCUGGCAGAAAAUUACCACAACACAUGGGGGCGAAAGAAGAAGCUGGAGCUGGAGGCCAAGGGUGGUGGGACCCACCCCCUGCUGGUUCCCUACGACACGCUCACUGCCAAGGAGAAGGCACGAGAUCGAGAGAAGGCCCAGGAGCUGCUGAAGUUCCUGCAGAUGAACGGCUAUGCGGUCACCAGGGGCCUUAAGGACAUGGAGCUGGAUACAUCUUCCAUUGAGAAACGGUUCGCCUUUGGCUUCCUGCAGCAGUUGCUGCGCUGGAUGGACAUUUCCCAGGAGUUUAUCGCCCACCUGGAGGCUGUGGUCAGCAGUGGACGAGUAGAAAAGUCCCCUCAUGAACAGGAGAUUAAAUUCUUUGCCAAGAUCCUGCUCCCUUUGAUCAACCAGUACUUCACCAACCACUGCCUGUAUUUCUUGUCCACACCAGCCAAAGUGCUGGGCAGUGGUGGCCACGCCUCCAAUAAAGAGAAGGAAAUGAUCACCAGCCUCUUCUGCAAGCUUGCCGCUCUUGUCCGUCACCGAGUCUCUCUCUUUGGGACGGAUGCCCCAGCUGUGGUCAACUGUCUUCACAUCCUGGCACGCUCCCUGGAUGCCAGGACGGUGAUGAAGUCAGGCCCCGAGAUCGUGAAGGCUGGCCUCCGUUCCUUCUUUGAGAGUGCCUCAGAGGACAUUGAGAAGAUGGUAGAGAACCUGCGGCUAGGCAAGGUGUCACAGGCACGCACACAGGUGAAGGGUGUGGGCCAGAACCUCACCUACACCACCGUGGCCCUGCUGCCCGUCCUCACCACCCUCUUCCAGCACAUCGCCCAGCACCAGUUUGGAGAUGAUGUCAUCUUGGAUGACGUCCAGGUCUCAUGCUACCGAACACUGUGCAGUAUCUACUCUCUGGGAACGACCAGAAACUCUUAUGUGGAAAAGCUGCGACCAGCCCUUGGGGAGUGUCUGGCCCGCCUGGCAGCGGCCAUGCCUGUGGCGUUCCUGGAACCUCAGCUGAACGAGUAUAAUGCCUACUCAGUGUACACCACCAAGUCUCCCCGGGAGCGGGCCAUCUUGGGGCUCCCCAACAGCGUGGAGGAGAUGUGCCCUGACAUCCCGGUGCUGGAGCGGCUCAUGGCAGACAUCGGGGGGCUGGCCGAGUCAGGGGCCCGCUACACAGAGAUGCCACAUGUCAUUGAGAUCACGUUGCCCAUGCUGUGCAGCUACCUGCCCCGCUGGUGGGAACGUGGGCCUGAGGUGCCCCCACCCGCCCUGCCUGCUGGGGUCCCCCCACCCUGUACAGCUGUCACCUCUGACCACCUCAACUCCCUGUUGGGGAAUAUCCUUCGAAUCAUCGUCAACAACCUGGGCAUUGACGAGGCCUCGUGGAUGAAGCGGCUUGCUGUGUUUGCCCAGCCCAUCGUGAGCCGGGCUAGACCAGAGCUCCUGCACUCACACUUUAUCCCGACCAUUGGGCGGCUGCGCAAGCGGGCGGGGAAGGUGGUGGCCGAGGAGGAGCAGCUGCGCCUGGAGGCCAAGGCAGAAGCUGAGGAGGGUGAGCUCCUGGUGCGGGACGAGUUCUCUGUGCUCUGCCGGGACCUGUAUGCCCUCUAUCCUCUACUCAUCCGCUACGUGGACAACAACAGGGCGCACUGGCUGACGGAGCCCAACCCCAGCGCUGAGGAGCUGUUCAGGAUGGUGGGCGAGAUCUUCAUCUACUGGUGCAAGUCCCAUAACUUUAAGCGUGAGGAGCAGAACUUCGUGGUCCAGAAUGAGAUCAACAACAUGUCUUUUCUGACUGCUGACAACAAGAGCAAAAUGGCCAAGUCAGGUGGCUCAGACCAGGAACGUACCAAGAAGAAGCGUCGGGGGGACCGGUACUCUAUACAGACAUCUCUGAUUGUGGCCACGCUCAAGAAGAUGCUGCCCAUCGGCCUGAACAUGUGUGCACCCACUGACCAGGACCUCAUCGCGCUUGCCAAGACCCGCUAUGCCUUGAAAGACACGGAUGAGGAGGUCCGGGAAUUUCUGCAUAACAAUCUUCACCUUCAGGGAAAGGUGGAAGGCUCCCCUUCUCUGCGCUGGCAGAUGGCCCUGUACCGGGGCCUCCCGGGCCGCGAGGAGGACGCGGACGACCCCGAAAAGAUCGUGCGCAGAGUCCAGGAGGUGUCCGCGGUGCUCUACCACCUGGAGCAGGUGGAGCACCCGUACAAGUCCAAGAAGGCCGUGUGGCACAAGCUCUUGUCCAAGCAGCGUCGGAGGGCGGUCGUUGCCUGCUUCCGCAUGACCCCCCUGUACAACCUGCCCACGCACCGGGCAUGUAACAUGUUCCUGGAGAGGUACAAGGCCACCUGGAUCCUGACUGAAGACCACAGUUUUGAGGACCGCAUGAUAGAUGACCUUUCAAAAGCUGGGGAGCAGGAGGAAGAAGAGGAAGAAGUGGAGGAAAAGAAGCCAGACCCCCUGCACCAACUGGUCCUGCACUUUAGCCGCACUGCCUUGACUGAAAAGAGCAAACUGGAUGAAGAUUACCUAUACAUGGCAUAUGCUGAUAUCAUGGCAAAGAGCUGUCACCUGGAGGAGGGAGGGGAGAACGGCGAAGCUGAAGAAGAGGUUGAGGUUUCAUUUGAGGAGAAAGAGAUGGAGAAGCAGAGGCUCCUGUACCAGCAGGCGAGGCUGCACAACCGAGGGGCUGCGGAGAUGGUGCUGCAGAUGAUCAGUGCCUGCAAAGGAGAGACGGGAGCCAUGGUGUCCUCCACCCUGAAGCUGGGCAUCUCCAUCCUAAAUGGGGGCAAUGCUGAUGUGCAGCAGAAAAUGCUGGAUUAUCUGAAGGACAAGAAGGAAGUUGGCUUCUUCCAGAGUAUCCAGGCGCUGAUGCAGACAUGCAGCGUCCUGGAUCUCAAUGCAUUCGAGAGACAGAACAAGGCGGAAGGCCUGGGCAUGGUGAACGAGGACGGGACCGUCAUCAACCGCCAGAACGGAGAGAAGGUCAUGGCAGAUGAUGAAUUCACCCAAGACCUGUUCCGAUUUCUGCAAUUGCUCUGUGAGGGGCAUAAUAAUGAUUUCCAAAACUACCUACGGACACAGACAGGGAACACGACCACUAUUAACAUCAUCAUCUGUACGGUGGACUACCUCCUGCGGCUCCAGGAGUCCAUCAGCGACUUCUACUGGUACUACUCCGGCAAGGAUGUCAUCGAGGAGCAGGGCAAGAGGAACUUCUCCAAGGCCAUGUCGGUGGCGAAACAGGUGUUCAACAGCCUCACCGAGUACAUACAGGGCCCCUGCACCGGGAACCAGCAGAGCCUGGCGCACAGCCGCCUCUGGGACGCCGUGGUGGGAUUCCUGCACGUGUUUGCCCACAUGAUGAUGAAGCUAGCUCAGGACUCGAGCCAAAUUGAACUGUUGAAGGAGCUGCUGGAUCUACAGAAGGACAUGGUGGUGAUGUUGCUGUCACUACUAGAAGGGAACGUGGUGAACGGCAUGAUUGCCCGGCAGAUGGUGGACAUGCUGGUGGAAUCCUCAUCCAAUGUGGAGAUGAUCCUCAAAUUCUUUGACAUGUUCCUGAAACUCAAGGACAUCGUGGGCUCAGAGGCCUUCCAGGACUAUGUCACUGAUCCCCGUGGCCUCAUUUCCAAGAAGGACUUCCAGAAGGCCAUGGACAGCCAGAAGCAGUUCAGCGGCCCGGAAAUCCAGUUCCUGCUGUCCUGCUCCGAGGCGGAUGAAAACGAGAUGAUCAACUGCGAGGAGUUCGCCAACCGCUUCCAGGAGCCGGCGCGCGAGAUCGGCUUCAACGUGGCCGUGCUGCUGACCGACCUGUCGGAGCACGUGCCGCACGACCCGCGGCUGCGCACCUUCCUGGAGCUGGCCGACAGCAUCCUGGAGUACUUCCGCCCCUACCUGGGCCGCAUCGAGAUCAUGGGCGCCUCGCGCCGCAUCGAGCGCAUCUACUUUGAGAUCUCAGAGACCAACCGCACCCAGUGGGAGAUGCCCCAGGUGAAGGAGUCCAAGCGCCAGUUCAUCUUCGACGUGGUGAACGAGGGCGGCGAGUCGGAGAAGAUGGAGCUGUUCGUCAGCUUCUGCGAGGACACCAUCUUCGAGAUGCAGAUCGCCGCGCAGAUCUCGGAGCCCGAGGGCGAGCCCGAGGAGGACGAGGACGACGGGGCGGCCGAGGGCUCCCCCAUCCUCAAGAGGAAGCUGGGGGUGGAUGGAGAGGAAGAGGAGCUGCCUCCAGAGCCAGAGCCAGAACCUGAGCCCGAGCCCGAGAAAGCCGAUGCUGAGAAUGGGGAGAAGGAAGAAGUCCCCGAGCUCCCACCAGAACCCCCCAAGAAGACAGCACCUCCUCCACCCCAGCCAAAGAAGGAGACCAGAGGUGGGGGCCUGGAAUUCUGGGGAGAACUGGAAGUGCAGAGGGUCAAGUUCCUGAACUACCUCUCCCGGAACUUCUACACCCUACGAUUCCUUGCCCUCUUCUUGGCGUUUGCAAUCAACUUCAUCUUGCUGUUUUAUAAGGUCUCAGACUCCCCACCAGGGGAGGAUGACUUGGAGGGCUCAGCAGCUGGGGACCUGGCAGGCACAGGGUCUGGCGGCGGCUCUGGCUGGGGCUCAGGGGCCGGUGAAGAAGCUGAGGAUGACGAAGAUGAGAACAUGGUAUACUACUUCCUGGAGGAGAGCACGGGCUACAUGGAGCCUGCCUUGCGCUGCUUGAGCCUGCUGCAUACACUGGUGGCCUUUCUCUGCAUCAUUGGCUACAACUGCCUCAAGGUGCCCCUGGUGAUCUUUAAGCGGGAGAAGGAGCUGGCCCGGAAGCUGGAAUUUGAUGGCCUCUACAUCACCGAGCAGCCUGAGGACGACGAUGUGAAGGGGCAGUGGGACCGUCUGGUGCUUAACACGCCGUCCUUCCCCAGCAACUACUGGGACAAGUUUGUCAAGCGGAAGGUCCUAGACAAGCACGGGGACAUCUAUGGGCGAGAGCGGAUCGCCGAACUGCUGGGCAUGGAUCUGGCCUCAUUGGAGAUUACAGUCCACCAUGAGCGCAAGCCUGAACCACCGCCCGGGCUGCUUACCUGGCUUAUGUCCAUCGACAUCAAGUACCAGAUCUGGAAGUUCGGGGUCAUCUUCACAGACAAUUCUUUCCUGUACCUGGGCUGGUACAUGGUGAUGUCCCUCCUGGGACACUACAACAACUUCUUCUUUGCUGCCCACCUCCUGGACAUUGCCAUGGGAGUCAAGACGCUGCGCACCAUCCUCUCCUCUGUCACCCACAAUGGGAAACAGCUGGUGAUGACUGUAGGCCUCCUAGCGGUGGUGGUUUACCUGUACACGGUGGUGGCCUUCAACUUCUUCCGCAAGUUCUACAACAAGAGCGAGGAUGAAGACGAGCCUGACAUGAAGUGCGAUGACAUGAUGACAUGUUACUUGUUUCACAUGUACGUGGGUGUCCGAGCUGGUGGGGGCAUCGGGGAUGAGAUUGAGGACCCAGCAGGCGAUGAAUAUGAGCUGUACAGAGUGGUCUUCGACAUCACCUUCUUCUUCUUCGUCAUCGUCAUCCUGCUGGCCAUCAUCCAGGGUCUGAUCAUCGAUGCUUUCGGCGAGCUCCGGGACCAGCAAGAACAAGUGAAGGAAGAUAUGGAGACCAAGUGCUUCAUCUGUGGCAUCGGCAGCGAUUACUUCGAUACCACACCCCACGGGUUCGAGACCCACACUCUAGAGGAGCACAAUCUGGCCAAUUACAUGUUUUUCCUGAUGUACCUGAUAAACAAAGACGAGACAGAACACACGGGUCAGGAGUCUUAUGUGUGGAAGAUGUACCAAGAGAGAUGCUGGGACUUCUUCCCGGCUGGCGAUUGUUUCCGCAAGCAGUACGAGGACCAGCUUAACUGAGUCCCGCCCCCACCUGGCCCUUCACCUCAAGUGCCUUAUUCUCACAGCAAGCCUCUUAGCCCCGACCCCUCCCCCCAAGGCCCUGGGGGAGGGUAACCAUGUGCUGGAGAAAUAAAAUCUGUGCUACACCCCAA